GAAAAUACCACGUUAUCAUGAGGGGUUGGACUUGAACCACGUAUAGGGAGCUGACGUGGUAUAUGCAAGUUUCCCAUUGUUAGUAGAAUUGGAAUUCUUCACUCACUAUUAUGCCACUAAGACUAAAGGCUCAACCCAGCAUCCCGUGCUGGUUGGUGAACCGAGUUUGAAGCCUGUCUUUCAUUCAAAAAAGAAAACCCAACAGACAGAACACAAAGAAAACGAGAGGAAUUAAACUUCAACUAAGAUAAUAAUGGAAUCAAUUCCCAAGCAGGAUAAACAUGUGGAGGACGAAGAAGAGUAUCUCUUACUUGAUCUUGAUGCUGUUUCCGCACAAGUUGAAAUCCCGCCUAAUGCACCAUAUGUUCUAUCAGGUUUGGACACGCUGAACCCAGUUUUGGUCAUAGGUGACAAACUGAAGCUGUUGCAUAUACUUCAUGCAUUGAUGGUCCAAUGCAGGACAUCAUAUGGAGCUAAUGUGCAGAUAGGUGAGUAUGAAGAAACAAUAGGAACUUGUAUUGUUUUCUCUGAAAGUGAUAUUGCUCCUGUGCUUCAUGAGGAGACAGGGCCAUCUGAAGAAAACCUUUUCAUGGGAAAAUGCAUUGAAAAUCCAAAUCAAGGCCCAGCGAAGCAAGUCAAGCCUGUUGCUUCCCUGCAUAAAAUUCUCAAGUUUAGGUUAUCGCCCGAUGUUGACAUUCAAGCACCAAAGUUGACUGAUUCCAACUUGUAGACUUACAUUGACAGCUUCAUGUGGAUCUCAUCCCUGAACAAAGUAAACAGAAUCUCUCAACGCCAUCACCUAUAGAUGACCAUAUGAUGAGUUGAUGACAAACCGUAUUUCUUUGUUGAGUUGCAAGUGAGAUGCCUCUUCUUGAUUA